CAAAAUCGUAACUUUUGAUGAACCCAUCAGAUGGCAGCCAUUUAGCCAGAAAUCUAAGGAAAGAGAGGCCUCCAAGACCCAGCCAUGAACAUGAGAAGGGGGUUCCAUACAAGCAGAUAAGAAAACAGUUUUAAUGAAAUGCUGUAUACCACGUGUGGACCAGUGUGAGGGCAUAGAGCAGCUGGGAGCAGCAGAAACAGGAGAGUUUGCACCCACUCUGGCCUCUUCACCAGCGCUCACUGGGGGCUUGUGGUUAAGAAUGGGGCAGAGUGGGAGACUAGAAAGCUUUUACUGUGGUGCAGACCUGGAGGAAGAGAUGGCUGCUCUGGCUAGAUGCUGUCUGGAUCCUUCUCUCUAGUAGUACAAGAACCUUAAACCACUGGAAUAUGGACAGCAAAUCCUGUCACUCUGGGCACCGGUGAAAACCUGUUUCAGCUGGGGAUAGAGAAAAGGAUGGCGUCCCGUGCAGAGUGCCGGCCUCUGGGAGUGUUUGAGUGUGAACUCUGUGCCUUGACAGCUCCGUACAGCUAUGUGGGACAGAAGCCCCCCAACACCCAGUCGAUGGUCCUCCUGGAGGAAAGCUAUGUCAUGAAGGAUCCCUUCACCUCCCACAAGGACAGAUUCCUGGUCCUCGGCUCGCGCUGCAGUUUGUGCUGCAGGCUGGUGUGUGUGGGCCCGGUAGGAGUGCAGCUUAUUCUACUCCAAGAGAUUCUGCCUCCCUUGUGUCCAGGAGAACAUCAGUGCUUUUCCUCAGGAAAUUCGGCAAGACUUGGAGAAAAGGAAAGCUCCAUCAAAGAGGACCCCCAGCCAGCCCGGUUCUCGGACGUGAGUGCAGCCAGGGCUGGGUCAUCGGGCAGCACCCUGCACAGAGCUCCUGGGCCAGCCUGCGCCAGGGAUGCUGCCGAGCUGGGAGCUGCCAUGCCUGGCCUUGUUUCUGGACCACUGGGAGCAGCACUGCAGCCCAGGGGAGCUGGAGUCCAGUUUGGAGCAGCCACAGGCCCAGGGAGCUGUAGCAAGAGGGUAGCCCAAAGGCAGAUGCCAGACAAGACACAGCCAGGAACCUGGCCAGGUGUCCCCACAUGCCCCUCAGGGCCCAGGCCUGAAUGAGUGCUGCUCAGAUGUGACUGAGAGGGAUGACCUCCUUCAGUGGGGCAGCUCCUAAGAGGCCACGUGCAGGUGCAGGUCAGGGGAGAUGCCACACUGUAUCGGGGCCAUGAUGCAUGGUAGGUGGCUGCAAUGGUCUCUCUGUAAGGAAAAUCACUGACAGCAGCUGCCUUCUGGAGCCAGUCUGGAAGGUCUAGAGGGGGAUAGAAUUUUUACUUCAUAUCCUUAUGUGAUACUUGGAAAAUGUUUUUAACCUUGACCAUGUAUUAUGUUUAUAAUUAAAAACCCAAAUAACCAGCUCAUGUAUGGAAAGGAAUCUUCCACUGAAACAUUUGGAUACCCGACAUUCUCCCUGGGCACUUGACCCGGCAGUGGUUGGGGUCUCCUGGGAAGCUGAGUACUGGCUUCUAGCCUUUCCAGUUCCCUCAGGCUCUGGCUUCAGCUCUGGCCCCUCCAUUCUGUCUUCCCCGACCCCAAGUCAGGAAUGCCGUGGGCUUCCUGCCCUCACCCCACACCUCAAGACCAUCCCGCUGCCUGCCUGUCUGCUUGCCCCGUGCCAUCUCAAACUCAGUCCUGGGUGCCUGUGAAGCCUGACCCCAUUGCCUGCCAGGGGUUCCUGCAGCACCCCCUCCUCCAGGCUCCCCAUCUCCUUGAAGCUUCCAGGGUAGCAGCUGGUGGGACACUGAUCUGUGAGCUCUGGAAUGUCUGCUUAGAGUUCUGAGAGGCAGGAACUGCUCUGUCUUUGAAACUACUCAAGGCCAACUGUCACAUGAAGGAAUGAAUAAAGAGUUUUUACUGACUUGUA